GUUUACACUACUCAAAGAAUUAAUAGUAUCGCGCAUUCAUUGUCUUGUCGAAAAGCUAUUUGCGUUAUAUUAUCACUGAGCCAAAGUCGAGGUCACCUGUAACAUAUUCGGAGUAGUGGAGAGAUAGUGCGCAAAGAAUCAAACAUUGGGAGUGAUAAGAGCGAGAUGUCGUGGUCGGUCGCAUUAUUUUUGAGUUCUGUGAGAUGGCAGACUUCGUCAAGAGAGGUAGCGUGCAGUUCGUUAAACGUGGCAGUUGUCAACUAAAGCUCGCUGCGCAAGAGGUUCGAGCGGCUGUUCGAGCGCGACACAUCGUCGCCGCGCUGGUCGCAGUUGGAUUUGCGCUCUGUGGCGCAGUCGAAGUUAGCUCUUCCGUUGCAUUACUGGCAAAUCAAAAAGAUAAUCAUGCCAUCAUCGAUACUUCUUGGCACUGUGAUAUGCUGGUCAAUAUCACCAGUCGUAAUCGCACCGAGGACUUUGAGAUUAUAUUUAUGGAGCUGCCGCAGGAGGAACGAGCGGAAUCGAUUAUGCGCGAGGCCUUUUUAUGGGGACAGGUUGCCGGGCCGAUCCUGGGAGGUUGCCUGGUGUGGGGUCGAUCCGGGCCCUCCAUGGUGUUCUCACGAGCGGUUCUUAGCGCGUGUUUAGCGUCUCUAUUAGUACCCGCAGCCUGGCGCGGACCGUCGCACGUUGCGCUUCGCUUGUUUCAAGGAUUAUGCACCGGCGCGACCAUGCCUGCUGCUCACAUGUUCGCUAUGACCUGGUUUAAGAGCAACCAUAGAAGCUGGUACUUCAGUUGUUACGCAGCUGUCAGCGUUGGUUAUUGCCUCACCGGAUGGCUGGGCACCGCUGUGGUACGAACAUUCGGUCGCGAUUCUUUGUGUUACGGUCUGGUUCUUUUGGCGCUAUGUUGGUACUUCGCAUUCGGUCGAUUCGUCAAGGAUACGCCGAAGUCCUAUCAACACGACACAACCGCGGCUGUGAUACCGUGGGGCAAGCUAUUGAGAUCUGUACCCGUCUGGGCGUCCGCAGUAGCGACUAUGGGUAAUCAAUGGGGCGACGCGACGCUCGCUCUUGGCAUGACGAAGUAUCUGAAACUCAUUUACGGGUUCUCCACGGCUAAUGACUCAGUGCUGACCACAUUACCUCACAUCGGUCACUUUAUGGCUGCGCUGACAUGCGGUCUUCUGGUGGACCACGUUCGCGAGUCUAAAAUAGUUUCCACGACCACGGCGAGAAAGUUGGUCGUUUAUACAGCGCACUUCAUCCCCGCGGCCCUUCUUUUCGUCGCCGGUUACGCCGGCUGUCAGGCCCUGGGUGCUGCCUGGCUGGGGAUAGCAGCCCUCCUCGUUUCCGGUACUGCACCGGCCGGUGCACUCGCGGCUAUAGCCGACCUCGCACCUGCGGAAUCGCCGGCGUGUGCCGCAGCCGCGUGCGCUCUCUGCUCCACGCUGGGCGCCGCGGGAUUGCUAGCCGCCAACUACUUCGUCACUCAGGCUCUUCACGGCUCCAUCGCUGGCUCCUGGCGAUUAGUGUUCGGCGUCGCGUCCGUCGUCUUGUUGACGACCGCUGCGGUCUUCCUGGCGCUUGGUAAAGGCGUUCCGCAACCGUGGAUCCCAUCCGUGGCGAGACCGCGGAGUCACGAUGUAAUCUACGAGCAGGACGCGUUGGAACUCGAUUACGAGGACGUGGGCGUGCAGACCGAGCCCUACGGGCCCUAUUCGGUGGAGGACGACGUCGAGAGUCUAAAGAACGUGCCUCGCUCGGCGUCGAUUCACUCGAAGAUCUCAGUGACCUCCAAUUGAAUUGUGACCGCCCUCGUGCGAUCUUUUCAUGCCAUUUUCACGCCUUAUUCUGUGCCAAGGAUACCUUAUUCUUCUAGAUUAUCGCGAUAGAGAAAAUAGUGUACAAUAACUGCGCGAGAAUACACGCACGAUGCAAAGGAUGUAUAUAAAUUAAAAGUUAGGAUUACAUAUUUUAUACGAUUAAGAUAAAUUUGUCUCGAAUAACA